UUCAACCCACGAAACUAAAACACACACUCUCUCUCUCUCUCGCUCUCUGUUCCUUCAUCAAAUCAAACCAUCAAUAUCACCAAAAUUUUUUAAAUUAUGAUCUGCUAAGCUAAUCAUAAUUUCAGGGUAUUCCUUAAAUCCUACGCUUUUUAUAUAUAGCAGGGUGGUCCAAACUCCAAAUCUCCAAAAUCCCCACUUCAUUUAUAGAUUUUCUUUUUACAUGAGAUAGUGGAACCAGAAAGAAGCUGAUUUGGACUCUGAUUUGAGUACCCAUUAAUGGAAGCGCUUUAAGAUUCUGGGUGUCUUGCCUUUUUUCUUUUUUUUUUUUUCCUUUUUUUGAAGGAAGGGCCCUUUGGUUUUGGGGGAUAGGGGAGGGGCCCUUUAGCUUGAAGAAAGAGGAUGAAGGAGUUGAUAGGGAGUCCGGGAACAGUGAGUGGGUUAACCCUAAGGAUAACCCAAUGUGCAUUUGCUGCUGCUUCCAUUGGAGUCAUGGUCUCUACCUCUGAUUUCUCUACCUACACCGCUUUCUGCUAUUUGAUUGCAUCUAUGGGGCUUCAACUGCUAUGGAGCUUUGGACUUGCAUGUCUUGAUGUUUAUGCUUUGAGGAGAAAGAGAGAUCUUCAGAACCCAGUUCUAGUGAGCUUAUUUGUUGUAGGUGAUUGGGUUACAGCUAUGUUAUCACUGGCAGCUGCAUGUUCAUCAGCAGGGGUUAUAGUCCUGUAUGCAAGAGACUUGGACUUCUGCAGGGCUCAAGCUCAUUUACCCUGCAGGCAAUAUGAAAUAUCUAUAAUUUUGGCAUUCAUCACAUGGGUUCUGAUUGCAAUGUCAUCUCAUGUCAUGUUCUGGAUCUUAGCCUCUUUCUGAAGGGCUCGGCGGUUCCCAAUCCCAUGCUCAACAGUGAACAUACACGCACACAAUAGUAUCUCCUAUUUGACAUGUAAAUGCUUCUUUUUCCUUUUCUUGCCUAUGCCUUAAUUUUUGACAAUUUGGAGAACUGGAAAAGUUUUGCCUGUGCACAUUAAGGAUUUUGGUUUUAGUAUUCAAGUUCAUUCAAAUAUUACUUGUUCUCAACCAUUAACAAACAA